UGUAAGCUGAUUUGCGACGCAAUUUGACAACCUCACCGCAUUUUAUCCAGAAAGUUUGUAAACAAAUAACAUUAUUAAAUUUCAAAGUUAAAAAAUGGCAACUCAAGAACCAAGUAUAUAUGACUUGGCUUAUCAAGGAAAAGUGACAGCAGUUAAAAAUCUUGUUGACGAAAAUGAUAAAUUAAUAACUCAAACUGAUCCUAAUGGAAGAAUGCUGAUUCAUUGGUCAGCAUUAGGAGGACACAAUCAGCUUGUUCAACAUUUUUUAUCACUUGGUGUACCAGUUGAUCCUGAAGAUGAUACAAACAUGACACCACUAAUACUUGCUUCAUCAGCUGGUCGUGAAAAAGUUGUUGAAACAUUAUUAACUGAAGGUGCAAAUCCAAAUGCACAAACAAUUGAUGGUCAUUCAGCUCUUCAGUAUGCUGCAAGUAAAAAUUGGCAUGCAAUAUGUAAUUUACUUAUUGAAAAAAAUGCUGAUAUUAAUAUUAUUGAUAAACGUGGUGCAACACCACUUCAUCGUGCAGCAUCAAAAGGAAACAUUGAAAUUGUCAAAUUACUAUUGGAACAAGAAAAGAAAUUACAAAUUGAUAAAACAGAUAUGUAUGGUAAUACAGCUCUUCAUUUAGCCUGUGAAGAAGAUCGUCAAGAUAUUGCUAGAUUAUUAACGACUCAUGGUGCUAAAAUUGAUGUUACAAAUAAAGAACGUAAAACACCAAUUGAUCUUGCAACACCAUCACUCAUAAAACAACUUAAAAAAAUUACUGAAAAUAAUUUAUCAUAAUUAUUUAAAAUCAAAAAUAAUAAUUCAUCAAUGAAUAUUUUUUUCAACUUAUAAUUAAAUACUUUUUUCAUUAAUAAAUUUUGUGAUUAAUAAAAACUAUAAAUAAUCAUUUUUGUUUUUUUUUAUUUUAAAUUAAUUUUGUUUAUUUAUAAAAAUGUACUAAGAUGUUGUUAACGAUCGUGGUCAAAUAUUAAUGUAUAAAAUUUAUCAAAAUUCACUCAUUAUUUUAGCAUGAAUUUAUACUUUAUAUAAUUUUAAUUUUUAUCAUUAUUAGUCUGCCACUUGGUUUUUACCAAAUUACAAGUAUUGGAUUAUUUAAUAAUUAUGUUUCUUUUUGAUUUAUCCAUUUAUUGGAAAAAUAAUUGUUUACAUGGAGCAAGUGGCAGACAAAAUAU